UGAAGGUCUCCUUAAACCUCCGCCUGUUUACCAAGGAAUAAUUAACAUUCGGAUGACUGUGACUGACAUCCCCCUAAUAUUGUUUACUGCCGCUUACGCAACAUCUUCACUUCAGGUUUGCAGCUCCCAACUGCCCUUGCACACAACUUCGGAGAGGAAGAAUAUCGAAGGUAUACGGUGGCCACUGUUCCAGGGACUGGUAGCCGUAAAUAGGUACCUACCUCUGCGUACGUCCGACACCCCUCUGUCUCUAGCCCUAGGCUCUGACAUGGGCCAUGGUAAGCGGAGACCAAAGUGAGUCCAAUAUUCAUCGCACUGAACGAAACAAACUGUUCCACUGUCUUCUAGUAUUCGCUUUUGAUUUCGAGGUUGGCGGUAGACGCCGCGGACGAUACAGGUGCAAUUAUU